GGAGUUCGCUGUACAGAGAGAAAGAGAAAUCUUAAAAAAAAAAAGAGUGCCGGGCAUGCGCAUAGAGAGGAUGCCAUAUUGGAAUGAGGCUGUAGUGGGAGCUGGAGGACCCGAGCGGGCGCGCUAGUGAGGCGGCGGGUAGAGAGCGAGUGAGCAAGGAGGGCGGGUGAGCGGGACCAGCGCCCACUCUGUCGUACCCGGGGGCCUGGCUUCACUAUCCUGGGUAGGAUAAACUUCAUCAGGCCUUGCGGGAGUCUGUCCGGAGUUGCAAAGUGACCUCGUCCUCCUCCGGGUGCAGCCUGUUCCCUCCCGCCGCCCACCUUCCUCGUUUGUGCACUCGUUUUAGCGACGCAGCCGCCUCUGCCACCUACCCCGCGUUCCCGCGUCUCCUCCGCUCUGGGGUCUUCCUCUUUUGGUAACCUGCUGCAGGAUGAACUAAGGGAAGAGGACAUAUACUCGUAAGCGUGGAGAAACAUUUGGCAGUUUCCAAGAUGCAAAACUCAUCCUCUUCAUUGGAAAAGAAAACCAGCCCAGCAAAUGGGAAUGGGGAUCUUGAUUCAGAGGAAGGUUCUGGCCUGGAGGAAAACGGCUUCAGCUGGGGAGACUAUCUGGAAGAAACAGGCACCAGGGCGGCGCCACACUCAUCCUUCCGGCAUGUGGAGAUCAGCAUUCAGAGUAACUUCCAGCCGGGAAUGAAGUUGGAGGUGGCCAAUAAGAACAAUCCAGAUACUUACUGGGUGGCCACGAUCAUCACCACCUGUGGACAGCUGCUGCUUCUGCGUUACUGUGGUUAUGGGGAAGACCGAAGGGCUGACUUCUGGUGUGAUGUGAUCAUAGCAGAUCUACACCCUGUGGGGUGGUGCACACAGAACAACAAGGUGUUGAUGCCCCCGGAUGCAAUCAAAGAGAAGUACACAGACUGGACAGAAUUCCUCAUACGUGAUUUGACUGGUUCUCGGACGGCACCUGCAAGCCUUCUGGAAGGCCCUCUGCGAGGGAAAGGCCCUAUAGACCUCAUUACAGUUGAUUCCUUAAUAGAGCUUCAGGACUCUCAGAACCCCUUUCAGUACUGGAUAGUUAGUGUGAUUGAAAAUGUCGGAGGAAGAUUACGCCUUCGCUAUGUGGGAUUGGAGGAGACUGAAUCCUAUGACCAGUGGUUGUUUUACUUGGAUUACAGACUUCGACCAGUUGGUUGGUGUCAAGAGAAUAAGUACAGAAUGGAUCCACCUUCAGAACUCUAUCCUCUGAAGAUGACUUCUGAGUGGAAAUAUGCUCUGGAAAAAUCCCUAGUUCUUGCUGCAGAGUCUCCUCUUCCAAUGGAAGUGUUUAAGGACCAUGCAGACCUCCGAAGCCAUUUCUUCACAGUUGGGAUGAAACUGGAGACAGUGAAUAUGAGUGAGCCCUUUCAUAUCUGUCCUGCAUCAGUGACCAAGGUUUUUAACAAUCAUUUUUUCCAAGUGACUAUUGACGACCUAAGACCUGAGCCUAACAAACUCUCGAUGCUGUGCCAUGCAGAUUCUUUGGGAAUUUUGCCAGUACAGUGGUGCCUUAAAAACGGAGUCAACCUCACUCCUCCCAAAGGUUACUCGAGCCAGGACUUUGACUGGGCAGACUAUCACAAGCAGCAUGGGGCAGAAGAAGCACCGCCCUUCUGCUUCAGAAAUGCGGCAUUCAAUCGGGGCUUCACAAAGAACAUGAAGCUUGAAGCUGUGAACCCCAGGAAUCCAGGAGAGCUGUGUGUGGCCUCUGUGGUCAGUGUGAAGGGGCGAUUGUUAUGGCUCCAUCUAGAAGGUCUGCAGACUCCAAUUCCAGAGGUCAUUGUGGAUAUGGAUUCCAUGGAUAUCUUCCCUGUGGGCUGGUGUGAAGCGAAUUUUUACCCCCUGACCACACCGCACAAAACAGUCUUAGAAAAGAAGAGAAAGAUUGCAGUUGUACAGCCGGAAAAACAAUUGUCAUCCACAGUGCCUGUUGAGAAAAUACCUCAUGACCUCUGCUUAUUCCCCCACGUGGACGCCACAGCAGGGACUGUCAAUGGGAAGUACUGCUGCCCACAGCUCUUCGUCAACCACCGGUGUUUCUCAGGCCCGUUCCUGAACAAAGGGAGGAUCGCAGAGCUACCUCAGUCCGUGGGACCUGGCAAGUGCGUGCUGGUGCUUAAAGAGGUUCUCAGCAUGAUCAUCAAUGCAGCCUAUAAGCCCGGGAGGGUACUGCGAGAACUGCAGCUGGUAGAAGAUCCCCACUGGAAUUUUCAGGAGGAGACCCUCAAGGCAAAGUAUAGAGGCAAAACAUACAGGGCUGUGGUCAAGAUCGUACGGACGUCAGACCAAGUGUCGAAUUUCUGCCGGCGAGUUUGUGCCAAGCUGGAGUGCUGUCCAAAUUUAUUUAGUCCCGUGCUGAUCUCCGAAAACUGCCCAGAGAACUGUUCCAUUCACACCAAAACCAAAUACACCUAUUAUUAUGGAAAAAGAAAGAAGAUUAUUAAACCCCCAAUUGGGGAAAGCAGCAUUGAAAGUGGACAUCCAAAACCGUCCAGGAGAAGGAAACGACGGAAAUCUAUCUUUGUGCAGAAGAGACGGAGAUCUUCUGCUGUGGACUUCCCAGCGGGCUCAGGGGAGGAAAGCGAGGAGGAGGAUGCGGACGCCCUGGAGGAUGACACCGCGAGCGAGGAAACUGGUUCUGAGGUCCGAGACGACCAGACGGACACCUCCUCAGCAGAGGUGCCCUCUGCCCGGCCCCGGAGGGCUGUGACCCUGCGGAGCAGUUCAGAAGCUGUGAAGCGGCCUCCAGUGGAGCGGGCACGAAGGGUCCGCCCAGUGCCAACCGCUAUGCCUACUGAUGAAGGAGACAAGGGCCCUCCUGCUAGGCCCGAGGAGCCAGAGGAAACAAAGCAGGAGGAGGAGGAAAGACUGAUCCUGGAGAGCAAUCCUCUGGAGUGGACCGUCACAGACGUGGUACGAUUCAUCAAGCUGACGGACUGUGCACCCUUGGCCAAGAUCUUUCAGGAGCAGGACAUCGAUGGCCAGGCACUCCUCCUGCUGACUCUCCCGACCGUGCAGGAGUGCAUGGAGCUGAAGCUGGGACCUGCUAUCAAGUUAUGCCAUCAGAUCGAGAGAGUGAAAGUGGCUUUCUAUGCGCAGUAUGCCAACUAAGUCUGCUUCCCCAGGGUGGUGCCUGAUUCUGAUGAUGCUGUGUUUGUGAAGGUUUCCGGGACUGAUACCUUGAUUUCCUGGGCUUUGUGAAAUGGCACAUUCGUUGAGGAUCUCCAAAAAGCCAGAAGCCCAGGACCUCCUCGAAGCACCAGCCUGUUGGAUAGUUCUAUGUUUCUGAAGCACACAGAAGGACCACAUCAGCAGUUCCUGGGACUGGAGUGGAAGUUCUGAGACAGAACUUUCCCAACUCUUGACUCGCUUCUUGAUCUCUGAGUUUUAUUUUUCUCCCAUCUAAGCUAGGCAGCUUCCUGUAAGCCAAGUUUCCUUACACUGAGGUCCAGGUUCUCAGAAACCAAGAUGGACCGGGUGCCUCCAAGCAGAAUCCCUGGCUCGCUGGCAGUUUCGCCUGACUUACUCUCUCAGGCUCUUUCGUAGCCCCACGUAUGCAAACUACUGUGGUCUGGAGCCACCUGCUUCCCAUUUGACCUCAUUGACAGCUAGCUCCUUCUCUAACACAACUGUGGACUCUGUUUCCAGAUGCUGGUCUAAAACAAUGCACUAAGCUCCAUCCUCUGUCGGAGGUGCCUUCUCACCAGGAUGGCUGCUUACAGUAGACAACUGCUGUGUAAGCAGAGCCUAGAACAUUGGCAAUGGCAAGCACUUGCCAUAGUCCCCUGCAGUACCAUAACUUUAGUGUUCCAAGAUCACUGUGACCAGUCGGGAGGAGGCCAGUUUGGGGAAAUAUCAAAUUCUGUAUUGAAGGAAAAGCUUUCAGAGGGCAAGCCUAGGAAGAGAGUUGGGGAAAGGUUUUGUGAACUAGGUGUAGCCACUUAAAAAUGUUAAAGCAGGUCACUGCAAACAAGCCCUUCUGCAUCUCUCUCCUGCUAGUCUGACUCGCCACACACUAAGCAAGCACGAGGAAGCAGUAAGGCCUAGCCUAAUAUAGCAGAGUGAAUAUGGGGCCUGAACUCAGUUGGUUUCCAUCCUGACUGUGCUAAUGACCAACGUCAUGUCCUUGGGUAACUCCCCACCACUCUGGACUCAAACUCCCAAUGAAGGAAAAGUUAGGACACUUAGUGGUGAGGCACUGAGUAUACCCUCUCCCCCAGCCUUCUCCUCAUUCUUGCUAGAGAGGAACCCAGGUGGGCCAAAAUGAGAAAAAGAACUGGGCCACAGAAUUUAACCUUACAGUUCCUACAUUUCACUCUCGGAGGUUGCUUAUGAAAUCUCACCAUAUCAUUUAUAGAAUAAUCAGUGGUUAUAAAAUUUGGCUGAUUUUUUUUUUUUUCUAGCCAGUACUUCGGCUGUGUUUUCUCAUGAGUGGUUCAACAUGUGUUUGCAGACCCAAAGGGACUGAGGUACAUCAUGACAUGGAGGUCACCUCUCCAUCUUUUUAAAGGGAAGGAAACCAAACUUUUACUCUGUUCAUGAGUGGAUGUUCAUUUGGGAAGCUUAACUUCACACCUAUGUGGAUUUUACUGUUUUUCUCUGUGGUUUUCCAUGUUUUGUCAUAGUCUGUUGAUCUUUUCUCUUUGACUAGAGUCUCAACUGUCCCAGAACACGGUGUGACAAACUGAUAGCUGCAUGUGUUUUGGCAACAUUUUAAGGUGUGGUAAUUUGUCAGGCUUUGAGAUCUGUGGUUGUUUAUGCUCACCGUCCUCCACAUUGAGCAAUGGUGGCUGAUGGAACCAGAAAUCUAAUUAUUUGUGGUUGAGACUCUUCCUUAAAGCUGGUUUUCCAUUGUCAUGCUACAGACCACUGGUGGAUGCAUAUGCCCAGGGACAAGUGAUGGUUUAUGGUGACCUUUGUGAUGCUGUAAGGAUGCCCCAUGCUGGCGCCUGCAUGGUUGGCUUGCAGUUGUUGAAUUUCUCUCUCCUAAGCUACGUGCUGAACCUUCCUCAGUUGGCCUGUCUUCUCGGCCAUAUGCUUUUGGCCAUAGAUGCUCAGUCUACCGGUCGGAAAGGGUCUCUAUUUCAAGAUGGUGUGGCAUCUCUCCUGUGCUGACUCCUUCUUGGUCCUUCACUGUGGCCUUCUCAAGAUGAGCCAUUUCGGUUGCAUCUGAAACCAGGGUGUGGCUGUGGCAUUGCUAGAACACGAUGCGCUUUGAGAACAAAUGUCACUUUCUCGUGGAAUUUCCGGUAAUGACUUGGGGAGCAAGUGUUGCUUCCAAACAUGGAUAUUUUUCUAGAGGUCUGCUGAACCCACAGAAAGAACCAGAAGAAUGUUACAGAAAACCCAGUCAGGAUAUGACGGUCAUCAGUCAGAAACCCUUCUUCCUGUGGAACCAGAUGUCCCAGCCUGUCCUCAUCCUUCAGCCUCGUUCUUUGUCUUCUUCACCUUUGGCAAGGAAGAGAUGACAGGAACCAUACCCGAAGGGUGCCCAGCUAGGAGCCACCCUUAUCAUAGUGACUGUCAGUGUUCAAUUGGCCCAGCCCUCCAGUAGACUUGAGAAGUAUUUGAGAACUGAAGGGGAUGAUUUCUUCUUAGAGGUCUCAGGGUCUUCCAGAGCUUUGGUCCAGGAUGGUGUGUUCAUCAUGCGGGUGACAAUUUUGUUACUGGAUUGUAAAGAGGGUUUUUUUUUUUUUCCUCUCUAGACUUGCCUGUCCUCUGCUUCUGUCUUAAACACGGGGCUUAUUCCCAAGGAGCAGUUUGCUCUAGAUCCCCGUUACUAUGGCAGAAAAAGAAAUGGAUCUUAUUCACAUAUUCCACAGCCUGAACACCAAAAAGAUUCUUCUCUAAAUACCAUCAAAUGAUGCCCUCCCCCCAGUCCUUCCUGGAUGCUAUCAUUUAUUCUCUCUUUGAUUAUCUUCUGGGACCAGAGUCCUCUCCUUCAUGUCCCCACACCAUGGGCACAGGACACCAUUCACUGCCUCCUGUAGCCAGCCAAGCAGGCAUCCUACAGUCUGUGCCAUGCAGUUGAGGAGUGGAAAUGCCACCUCAACUUACAUAAUGACAGCCCAUCAUUUAUUCCCACUCUGAAGUUUAGGGAGUUUAUUUUAGCCCUUAGCUUCCUGAGUGCAUUUGUACUGUAUUGUAAAAAAAAAAAAAAGAAAGAAAGAAAAA